AUGAAACCUUUAAAUAAACAUGUAUAAGUAAUUCAUAAUUGGCAUGAUGCUCCAGUUAGAGUGAAUUUAAAAAAGUAUUGGAAAAAGAAUCCUCUUGAUUACAUUUAAUUACCUAAACCAUAUUCAUAAAAGAACAAGAUAACUUAUUCUAAAAGAAUCAUUAAUGAUUUCGUAGAAGUAGUGAAUCAUAGAUAAGAGAUGGUAAAUGGUAUAGUAGAGACAGCAAAUCAUUUUCAAAUGGCAUCAUCAAAAAUAUAAGAUUGUUUUGCAGAAUUUUAUGGUCCUGAAACUCAUUAUCAAUAAGAAUUAGAUAAAGUUUUAGAUAAUGUUAAACCAGAGUUUAGAUAUAUAAAAGCUAUAGCACAUUAAAAUCUAAAAAAAAUACAUAGUUUACUUAGAAAGUAAAAACAAUAAACACAAUAGGAUUAACAACCAUUGAGAAUAUUAACUAAGAAAGAUAAAUUGUUUUUACUAAGUGAUCCAAAAAAUGCAGAUAUUUUAAAAAGUGAUUCUAGAUAGUCUAGAACAGAAACUCUACCUAUAACUCCUGGAGAAGAUAAAUUUACAUCAUAAUAUAAAAUGAUGAUACAUAAAUAACAUUAAAGAGAACAACAAAAAUAAAACAUGAUUUAAAUAAGAUUGUUUGAUAGUUAAUUAAAAUAUUAAGGUGAUGAUUAUGUUAAAUAGAAUAUAUUCAAAUCUAAUAUGAAGCAUACCUAUACUCCUAAAAAUAUUGAUAAAAAUUAUUAUGUUAAUAAUUUAAGACAUUCUACUUAAGAAUCUGUUGAAUUUAAAAGUCCUUCACAUUUCAAAACUGCUAUUCAUAGUCGAUAAAUAAGUAAUUAUAUAUCUCCAAAUGGUUCUCAAGAUUUCAAUAUCGGUUAUGAUACUAUCAUAGAAAAUAAAGAUAAAUUACGUUCUUUAUAAUAGACUAAUGAUAAUAAUAAAAAGAGAUCUUAUCAUUCAUUUAAAGAUUUAAUUAAAUAAUAGAGAGACGUAGAAAUCAGAAAUUUAACAGAUAUUAAAUAAUACACAAAAACUGCAUCCUAACCUAUACUCACUCAAUUGUGA